GGCUGCCCUCUUCUUUCCCGCGCGUUUGCCGAGGUGGAGAGCUCUUGUCUACAGAAUAUGAUGGCAAGUCACCUUGUAAAAUCUGAUACUGGAAACUGCAAGAGACCAAGAGAGUUGGAGCCUCAAAUGCCAGAUAGUCUGCAACUGUCCUCUCUUGGAAAAUCAGAUUCCUCUUUCUCUGAAAGCUCUGGACUAUUUUAUAAAGAUGAAGCCCUGGAGAAAGAUUUGAAUGAUAUGAGCAAGGAAAUUAAUCUAAUGUUGUCUACAUAUGCAAAGAUCUUAAGUGAGAGAGCAGCAGUAGAUGCAUCUUAUAUUGAUGAGAUAGAUGGACUCUUCAAAGAAGCCAAUACUAUUGAAAACUUUCUGGUACAAAAAAGAGAGCUUCUGAAACAGAGGUUUACAGUGAUUGCAAACACAUUGCACAAAUAAAAUUGUGUACUUAAAAUAAGCUGAGAAUUUAAACCCAUUAUUGUUGUAAUGAAAGAAUGACAUAUAUGCUCCAAAAGUUGUUAAAGAAAAUGUGUACCUUAAACAUAAAAGGGGAAACUCCCUGACUUUCUUUUCUAGAUUUAAAGGGGUCUUUAAACUGUACACUGAUAUGGAAUAUGUAGGUUUUCUUUUGAGGGUCAAAUAUUUGGUGUAUUUUAUAAAAGUGUAAAUUAUUUAAAUUAUAUAUGAAUUCUUUUUUCUUUUUUUUCCUUAAAUGCCCUUGCCUUAAACUUCUAAAAGAGGACUUAAUGAGUUAAUUUGAUAAUGUUUAACAAUACUGUACAUUAAAAUAUAUUUUGUUUAAAUAGAAGAUAGCUUUGGAGAUAGUUUCGAAAUGUUUUUUGUGGUCAGUAUUAUGAAAAAUUACAACCUAAAGGUGAUUUGUCCAGUUUCUCAAUAUGUAAUGAACUAUAUGUGCUCUAUUUAAUAUUAUCAUUUGUUUUCAUUAUUAAUUUUACAUGAUUAAUAAAAGCUUUUCAUUUAUAAUUAUUUUC